AACAGCAUGGCGCACACCACGGGAUUAACAGGCGCUGCGGCCGUUGUUGUACUGAUUCUAUGUGCAAACGGUGUAGAAUCAGGAUUUAUAUCAGCUUCUACGUAUGAAAAAUCCGAAACUCCAUCGCAGCAAGGGCAAGGAAACAUCUAUCUGAACGAGGUGCAAAUUAAACAGCAUGGAUCGUUUGGAAAAACUCGAGUAGAGAGGGCCAUAAAUGAAAUGGAGGAACCACUGCCUACGGUUUCAAUCGAGGUCGGGUUAGAAAAUGUACCCGAAUUUUCUAUUGAAAGAAAAUGGAACGAUAUGAACUAAACAAAAAUAAACACGAAAUAAAAUAAAUUAGCACAAUAUGAUAGCCAUAUAGAGCCUCGUAGUUUCUGUUGGUAUCUAGGGGAACGUUAUGCGAAGUAAAAUUAAGUCGUUUAUAUUCAUGCUUUAUGCUAAGGCUUCGAGCGAGGACAGUAUAUAACCACUUUACGUUUUAAGAACAUCUUGCUUGCUAUUGUAACCGAGCUAUGCUGAAAUAAGCUAUCUUUGAAGUACUUUUAAUUAGCCCGUCUGGUCUUUUCUUAUAAAAAAAUCUUUGAUGAAUUAAAAAUUAGGAUCUUUAUUGAAAUUUCAUACUUUUACGAAAACGGUGCGUAUUCAACCCUUGGUAAUGUAAUGAGGAUA